AUGGAUGUGAGGUUCUCCCAGAUGCUCUGCAUGCUCUGCCUGAUCAUCACGGUCCAAGCAUUUACCCAGGAAGGGUUCAAGGAGAAGUUGCUGAAGCAGCUGGGGCUCUCUGAGGUCCCUAAACUCCAUAAGAAAGACUUGGUGGAUCUGGUUAUCCCAGACCACAUAAAGAACAAAUACAUCUCCAUGGUGAAGCGCCAGAGGGUGAAGCGCCGAGCUUUGCCAAGUCUGGCUGGCAUCCUCAGGGGAAUCCCUGGCAACACAGAAAUGCUCUACUCUGAUACUGCCACACGCCAGAAUCUAGUCUUUGACAUGGAGGGCAGAAUACCUAAAAACAGUGAAGUUACAAUGGCUGAACUGAAACUCUUCAAAAAGCCUCUGGACAGAGCAAUCCUGCCUGCCAAGCAGUCUCACAGAUCUGUCUCCAACGCCAGAGUCAGCGUGUACUGGGUGCAACAGCAGCAUGAUGGUACCAACAGGACCUCCCUCAUAGACUCCAGGCUGGUUCCUCUACGUGACUCGGGUUGGAAGAACUUUGAUGUGACACAGGCUGUGCAUUACUGGCUGCAAAACAACAAGCAGGAGCCAAUGUUCCUGGAGGUCUGGAUUGAAGGAGAAAGGGUAGGCAGCCAUGCUUCAGAAAUGGCCAAAGCUGUGCAUUUCACAUCUCAGGAUCCUAAGGACAAAGCUCUAAGCAAACCUGAACUAGUGCUUUACACCCUCGACUUGGAAGACUAUGGGGGCCCUGGGGAUUGCAAGGAGGAGGUGAUGACGAGGAGGUCCACCUGCUGCCGGCAGAAACACUAUGUCGACUUCCACAAGCUUGCCUGGACACAGUCCUGGAUCAUUGAGCCAGCUGGGUACCAGGCUUACCAGUGUCAGGGAGGCUGCCUGCAGCCCUCCAGCCUGCUGCAGCACUUUGGCUAUGGAAAGCGUUCCUGCACCGUGGCAGAGACCGCCUCACUCCCUGUGAUGUACCUCAUCCAGAGGGGCAACCGCACCGAGGUUGAAGCAGCUGAGUUUCCCAACAUGAUCAUCAAGAAGUGCAGCUGUGUUACAGACGGCAUGGUACUGGUGUGA